CUACUGUUGUGUGCCGUUAUGUAAAUCCGACGAAAAAAAGAAAACAGCAGGGCUCUCUUUUCAUGAAAUACCCGCUGACGCGGACGCACGAGGACGAUGGCUUUCCGCAAUACGACGUGACAAGUGGUCUCCAAAUACCACCUCAUGCUACACCAAAGUGUGCAGUAGGCAUUUCAAAGAAGAGGACUUCAUAGAAGGCAAGCGUCGACGCCUAAAGAAAGGUGCUGUGCCGUCAGUUUUUGAGGAGUACCCAUCGCAUCUUCAGCCGAAGUCAACGCCGGCGCGGGAUACAGCAAGCAUCGACAAAAGAGUGAGUGCUACAACGACGCGAAAUGACUCCGCGAGUGGCACAGCGAUGCAACAAUUGCUGCCAGCAGCAGCGUCUACUUCAUCGGUGGAGGAUAUGCGCGAUUGCUGCUCCAUGGACACAUCAACGGCAGCCAACUCGUGCGAUCAAGGCGUCCAAGUUAACAGCAGUUCCACCUCAAGUGUGCUUGUUACAGAGAGAGCGAAGUGGAAAAGAAAAGAAAAAAGUUUUAGGAGCCAGUUGCUUCGAUUGCAGCAGACCAUCGACAAGUAUAAAACGGAAUUGAAAAAGCUACACGAGGAUUCCAUGGUGGCGGAUAUUUCUUACAUCAAGAAAAGGGUGGAAGAAAAGGAACCUGCAGCUCUGUUCUUAAUUGAUCAAAUUCGCAACUUCAGGAAGAAGAGGCCAAGUUGGUCUGAGGACACAACCCGACGUUGUGUAGUUUUGAGGCAUCUGUCGGCAAGAGCAUAUGAACACAUUCGUGGGGAAAUGCUUUUGAAGCUUCCUUGCAGGAAGACGUUGAGUAACUACUUAGGAAGCACAAGUGGAGAAACGGGCUUCAGCAAGCUCGCCGAAGCUCGCCUUAGAGUGGAAGCCGAGAGCUUGACUGUACCACAGUCAAGAGUAUGCUCACUCAUCGUUGAUGAAAUGAAGAUAAAGCAAAAGCUGCAGUACAAUAAACAGCAGGACUGCUUUGUGGGGCACGCAGACGUCUCCUUAGAACAACAGGGUGGUGACCUCACCUUAGCGAACUCUCUUCUGUGCUUCGUAAUCACUGGGCUCUCGACAACGUAUCGCAUACCAGUGGCCUACUAUUUUACCAAGGGGUUAACAGGCCCACAGCUUCACAAGUUGAUUUUUGUGCUUGAGAAAGUAGAGGCCUGUGGUUUCAGGGUAAUUCGUUUAGUGAGUGACAACCACAAAGUGAAUGUGAAUGCCAUGAAACUGCUGGGAGAUGGUCUUCUUACGUACAGGGUAGAACAUCCCUGCGACUGUGACAGGCUCCUCUUUUUAAGUUUUGAUCCAUGCCACGUUUUGAAAAAUGUGCGCUCGCAGUUUUUGGCUCAUGACUUUGGCCCGAAAGGAGAGGUCUCAUCCUGUUACAUCAAGAAGCUCUACGAACUACAGAAGGACCUGAUUGUGAAGCCUGUCCGCUACCUCAGCCGAAAGCAUGUAUACCCCAACAAUAUAGAAAAAAUGAAUGUUGCAAGGGCAAUUCAGGUCAUGUCGCCUGAUGUUACUGCGACCUUGGAGCAUCUCAGGGACCAAGCUGGGCACACCUCAAGUGCCUCGUUCGCAGCUGCAGGCCAGACCAUCAUUUUCAUGCAGAACAUGUAUCGCUGGUUUGUGCUGCAUGACACGAGUAAUACUACCCAGCACAUCCACAAAAAAUGGCCUGACACUCGACACUUCGACGAUACUGAAGAUGCCAGGCUGGAGUGGCUUGAGGUAACACUGCCCAUGUACUUGGACGAACUGAAAAACAGCUGUGGAAAUCGAAGGGAAUUCUUGACGAAAGGAACAUAUGAAGCAUUGCUUCUGACCACGUAUUCCACAGUUGCCUGCAUCAAGUACCUGCUCACAGAGGAGAAGUUCCUGUUUGUUCUCACUCGCAAGUUUAACAGUGACCCGAUAGAGUCACUGUUUGGCACAUUGCGAAUGUCCUCCGGUUGUAAUGACAUGCUGGAUGUUCGUUCUGUUUUGUCAGGCUUGGAGAAGGUUCUAAAAACUGGAAUUGCAGCAGCCAGUGUGACAUCAAAUGUUGCUCAUAGUGAACGGGCACAUAUGUCGACAGGUACUUUGCACACUGAAGCUUCCCCGUCUCCAACACAGCAGCUUCCUCAGCUACAGAGAGCUGCAUGUGUUUUGCAACGACUCAGCACGACGCUUUUGCCACGGCAGCUGCCUUCCCUUGAAAUUUCGGCCACUGCAUACGUUGGAGGUUAUAUUGCCCGAGUAAUAAACGAGCACAUGCAAUGUGAAAGUUGCACUGCAAUAUGCUCGAAGCCUGCAAGUAAUCAACCGAUCUUUCAGAUCACUCACAGCCAGGACCGAGGUGGGCUGCUUUACCCGUCGGACCAGUUGCUGUUCGCACUUGACGUGCUAAGGGCAUUUGCUGAUCGUGCCCUGAAGGACAACCCCACUCUGCAAAAGCCAUUGUCAACCCUAGUGAAACGUGCUGUGCCAGCCCUGUGUGCUUCAAACCUGCUCAAGUGCAAAGAGGGUGACGACUUUCACAGAGCUAGCCUCAUGGAGCUAAUAUCUGUUCGGUUUUUGCGGCCACUGCUGGUGAACUAUGCUUUCAACGUCAGUGACAAGAAUGAUGCAUUCAAAUACUUUGCGAAGAAGCCCCUGUCCAGAAAGCAUAUGAAGCUUUAAGGGCUUAGUAUACGCAUGCAUGUGCAGGUACA